AUGUCUACCAAACGAUCAGGCUCAAGGAUCCCUUCAGCCGCUUCUCAUCGCAACGACACUGCCUCUACAUUCUCCACAAACGAAUCAACCACUGGCAGCAGACAGCGUCAAUCCAAGCGAGAUGAGGCCAUUCGAAAGAAGCUGGAGUCAGAGCUGUCCAAAAAGAAGACUGGAUCAAAGCGAGUGCGUCAAACUCGUAAGAUUGCAGGCACCGUUUCAGCACUUCGACCUGCUCAAGCACUUACUGUAAAGGAAAACAUGUUGGUCAUUGAGGCAUCUCAACUGAUGGCCGCAAAGAGAAGUGAUUGUGUGUUGGUGGUAGACGAAGACGACCAUCUCAGUGGUAUUUUCACUGCCAAAGAUCUUGCCUACCGAGUCGUUGCCGAGUCGUUGGAUGCAAGAGAUACCACAGUAGCCAAAAUUAUGACCAAGGGCCCCAUGUGUGUCACUUCUGAUACAUCUGCAACUGAUGCCUUGAAUCUGAUGGUGUCCCGUGGCUUCCGUCACUUGCCUGUCUGUAACGAGGAGGGCGACAUCUUUGGAUUGUUGGAUAUCACCAAAUGCUUGUACGAAGCAUUGGACAAGAUGGAAAGAGCGUUUGGCUCUUCUCGCAAGUUAUACGACGCUUUGGAGGGUGUCGAAAAGGAGUGGUCCAACUCGCCCAUUCAGUUGGUGCAAUACAUGGAGGCUUUGCGUGACAAGAUGGAGUGUCCCGACUUGAAUUCAGUGCUGGACGGUUUAGCGCCUGCCGAAGUCAGCGUAAAGACCAAUGUUCGUGAUGUUGCACGUAUGAUGAAAGAGUAUCACACGACUGCUGUCCUGGUUACAGAUAGAGAUGGUUUAGCUGGUAUCUUUACAACAAAGGAUGUUGUGCUACGUGUAAUUGCUGCUGGCUUGCAUCCAGAGAACUGCUCAGUUGUUCGAGUCAUGACGCCCCACCCGGAUACAGCGUCGCCUCAAAUGUCAAUUAUGGACGCUUUAAGAAAGAUGCAUGAUGGCCAUUACCUCAACCUCCCAGUCAUUGAGGACGGUGAUGUGAUCGGUAUUGUGGAUGUCCUGAAGUUGACUUACGCUACGAUGGAGCAAAUCAACAGUAUUCAGGGCAACGACGGCGAAGGUCCCAUGUGGGGCCGCUUUUGGGACAGCUUUGGAGCUGCAGAUCAGCAUGAAUCAGAAUCACAGCUAUCAGAUCCCCUUUCCUCACAACUCCUCUCAGCGCAUUCACAGAAUAGCAAUACCAAUGGCAAUGGCGGCAUCGCUCGUGCCAUCUCACCAGAGCCAUCUGCCUCCUUCUCUCAACUGCAAGGAUUCUCUGAAAUCACGCCCAACGAAUCAGCCAGCAUGGUCGCCAAUAACGAGGAAAACCGUUCCACCAUGUCAGAAGAUACCAGAGCCAUGGGCAAAGGGGAGGAUGUGUUCUCUUUCAAGUUCACCAGUGAUGGCGGAAAGACACAUCGAUUUGCAUCUGUGUACAAUAGCUAUGCGGCACUUUUAGAAGCAGUGCGUCAAAAAGUGAUUGGAGAGCAUUUGGCUCAUCUCGGUGCUAGCCCUGAUGAUGUGCCUGUUGAAUCCUGGUUGAGCAUCUCUUACUUGGAUGAUGAGGAGGAUCAAGUGUUGAUUACAUCAGAUGCCGAUGUCUUGGAUGCUGUCAAAUUAGCUCGCAAAAUGGGUCAAGACCGUGUCAAAUUGUUUGUGCAUGAUGCCACUGAAAAGGAGGAGGAGAUAGUCGUGGCUGAGGAACCCGCAGUGAUGGAGCCUCCCGUUGCUGUGGUAGAGGAAAAAGUGUUGGAGUCAGUUGCACCUCCUGCUGUCACUCCUGCUCCACCUACCAUCGAAGUAACUGAGCCUCGCCAUGAAAAGAAGAGCAAGAGACGCAGCGUCAGAAAGGAAGUCGAGACAUCUGAUUCAGAAGAGGAGGACACACAUGGCAGCAGCAGAGGCCGCAAUAAGCAGGAAGGUGCUACAGUGGCAGGCAUUCCUCAAGAACUGGUGUUGCCUGCAGCCAUCGCCUUUCUGGGUGUUGUCAUUGUGGGCGUGUUUGCCUUCUCCAGAGUAAGCUCAAAUCACCGUUAA